AUGCCUCUUCCUAGGGGUCUCACUUUCGCUACCCUGGCCGUGCUGGUCAUUCUAGUGGUAGUGGUUACCGCCUUGCCUGGCAAAGAACUUGAGGUUCGUGCCGAGUCCACUUCAGGCUGGGAUGGAACCACUGCUCUUGCGAAGCGCUCUGACAGAGCCGCAUACACAGGAAAUGCGUCUAUACUUAUGAGUUCGGUUGUCGGUGGUGCCUGCGCCUUAGCCGCCAUCAACCCUGGCAAUACACCUGUUUGUGUGGUGGCUAUCGCUGUUGCCAUAAUUGGAGUCUUCGUCAACCUAGUCGCUGCCCUUGCUAGUGACCCUUCCAAGAGAUCCUUUAGUUUGGAUGACGAUGCAGACGGUUAUUAUCUCUACAAGUAUCCUAGUAUCGAUGGCGCACCAAGAAUGUUCGAUCAAAUCCAGGAAUCAUUCCAUGCUGGUGAUGGUCUACCAAUUCAUUUUGCCGACACUUCUUGUGAAAACAAUCAAACCUGUCACCGUUUGUGGUAUCACAAGGUUGAGAAACAGGAUUCAUCGGGCAAUGACAGGGUCUUCCAUCAUAUUCAGUCGACUCCUCAAAACUACGACUUCCGCGCUGAUUCGACAAAUGGAACAACUGGCAACCAUCGUCGCCAAGCGGCUCACGACGCCGAUGCUUCUGUCACCAGUGACAGCGGAACAAAGAUAUAUGGUGGAUAUGUCUUCGAAACGAGAGAUCUUGCAACUGAUCGAGACAUUACCGGCAUGAAAGUCCACGACGUCCAGCAGAACGUGGCCGAUCAGAUGUCGAGUGAGUACGAUGAGAGCAAAAGAUUCGAAAAUUAUGGAAUCUAUUGCAUGGACUUCGAUACUACCGAUGACCCAUCUGUGGGCACCGUUGGGUACACUUGGUACUACGCAGACCACGACAGUUACCCCUCUGGCAACGAAGAGUCUUUCAUGAAUACCUGUGCGGAGGAGGCGGCAGGAAGUGCCUAG